AUGGGAAAGAAGGAGAAGACUCAAGGAGUUGGUAAAAACCUUAUUAAAAAGCACCACGAGAAGUUAAACCAUCGUAAGAAGGGUGAUUCAACUUUUAAACAACACACUACAAUCAUUGUUGAUGACAAGCCAAAGUUAAAUUCAAUCAUUGAUCAGAAUUCCUUGGAAGAGUUCGUAUAGCUGGCUUAAUUGUCUAACAAAAAGUUCUUUGCUGAAAAGGAAGUCACUAUUGUCAACAAGAAAGAAGUGCUAUAGGGAUCAGUUGAAAGUGCAAGUGCUUAGAGAGAAUUAUUAAAUAAUUUCUUGACAGAAUCUAGCAUCAAGAACCCAUAGUAUUAAUUAUUGAAAAUCCCAAGAAAGCCCAAGUGGGAUGAGAACAUGAGUGCUCAUGAAAUCUAGACAAGAGAGAACUUAGCCUUCCUUUAAUGGAGAAAAGACAUUGCCACUGUUGAACAGGAUAAUGUUAAUCUAGCAAUUACUCCAUUCGAAAAGAAUCUCGAAGUGUGGAGACAACUCUGGAGAGUCAUUGAGAAAUCAGACAUUCUGUUAUAGAUUGUCGAUGCUAGAAACCCAUACUUCUUCUACUCUCACGAUCUGGAAAAGUAUAUUCAAGAAGUUGACAACAAGAAGGAAUUCUAUUUGCUGAUAAACAAGGCUGAUUAUUUGACUCCAUAGCUAAGAGAGCAUUGGUCCAAGUACUUUAAUGCUAAUAAUGUCAAGCACAUAUUCUUUUCAGCACUUGAAGAACAGUUUAAAAUAGAUAAAGAUAUUGAAGAUGAGGGAACUAAGAAAGAUGAGAGCGAAGAAGAAGAUAAGGAAAGCUCAGAGGAUGAUGAAGAAUCAGAAGGAAAAAAGAAAGUAGAAGAGUUCAAGAAUAUUGAAGAGGAAAAGAAAGAAGUUGAAGAAAAACUUGAACUAACAAUGACCAAAAUCUGCACUAGUCACGUGUUUACUAGAUCAGAGAUAAUGGAGAUUUUAAGAGGAAAAGCUUAGAAAUUAGGCAAGAAUUUUGACGACAGACUAAUGGUAGGUACCGUCGGAUAUCCAAAUGUUGGUAAAUCAUCAGUGAUUAAUGUUAUUUGCCAAAAGAAGAGAGUGGGAGUAGCUUCUAUGCCAGGUAAAACAAAGCAUUUUCAAACUCUAAAUAUUGAGGGAAAUCUAUGUCUCUGCGAUUGCCCAGGUCUUGUGUUCCCAUCAUUCACUAAUUCAAAGGCAGAGAUGAUGUGUUGCGGUGUAUUACCAAUCGAUACGAUGAAAGACUUUAUCUCUCCAAUUUCACUUAUAAUCCACAGAGUGCCAAGAGAGGUGCUAGAGUCUUAUUACAAGAUUUAACUGCCACCAAUUACUUCUAGAAAAUAUAAUGCCAGCAUAUUUUUGCAGAUAUAUGCUGCUAAGAAAGGUUAUGUUACUGGCAGAGGUCUACCAAAUGAGUCAUAAGCAGCCAGAAUUGUGCUAAAGGAUUACAACAACGGUAGACUGCUUUUCUGUCAUUUGAGACCUGAUUACAAGGUUGAGAUUCACGGAGAAAUUUAAUAGAGUGGAUUCCACGAUACUAGAUUCCAAGUCCUAGAUAGAGAAAAUGAAGAAUCUAAGGAAGAAGAAAAAAAUGAAAUUGAUGAGGAAGAUGAAGACGAUGAUGAGGAGGAGGAAGAAGAAGAAACAAAAAUUGAUGCAACUAGUGAAGAUUAAACACAAUCAACAAUAAAGACUGAAGUCAAUCCUUAACUACUUGACCCAGAAGCUCUUUUGGAGUAGUAAUUAGACGAAUAAUUCUUUAUUGUAAGCAACCAAGUCAAGGAACUGAAACUCAACAAAGGAGAGAAGAGAGCACUUAAGUUUGCAAUUGCCAGAGGAGAGAAAAUAGAUGAAAUUCCUAACUUGAAGGAGUACCUUGCUGAGCAGGUUAAAACACUCAAAGCUAAGAAGACAGUUAGAGGUAUAGCUAUUAAGAAUGCAAAGCAUAAUGGUGGCAGAGGUGGCAAUAACUCAAAUAAGUUUUAUGCUCUAGCUGAGUUAGAUGACGGCUAUGAUAGCAAGUGA